UGCAAUCCCGCCCAUUACGAUCUGCUCCUCACCCUGGCGUCCUGCAAUCUGAGUCCCUCACCGCCAUGGCCAACGAUCUGCCGCCGCAGAGCCUGGCGCUGUCUGAUAUAAUACACACCAUGUCUCCGUCUCCUGCCCCUCAAAAUAUGGAACAAUCGCAGUCCGUCAAUGGUACCGAUACCGAGGAACGAGCUAGAUCGCUCGACCCUCCCCAAGUAAUAGACUUGAAAAGCUACCGACACAAGCUAUCUGAAAUGGGCUUCUCUUCCAGCGAGACCGAAUCUGCGACAUCUCGUGAACGUGAACUUGCCAACAUGGUGCUGAGCUUAUUGGAUGCGGGACGGUGGGAUCCAACGCAGCUCUUUAAGCAGGCGGAGACUAUUUCCGGGCUAAUGCAGGAACGGGAACUUAUGCUUCAGCUAUUUUCGGAGGAACGAGCUCGGUGGAAAUCUGAGAAGGAGGGAUGGGAGAGAUCUGCAGAGGCGCUCAUAGCACAGAAGACGAAAGAGGCUCCUGAUGCGUUCAAAACCGAGGUGAGUCAUUCUCGAAUUACUACGCGGAAUAGUGCUAUACCCAUCUGGAUAGCAAUUGAUAUACUUCAACUCGCUAUUGGAAUCAGACAAUAAAGCGAAAGCUGAGAAGCUCCAAGACGCACUUGCCCGACUAUCCUCACUCGAAGCGGAACUGACCAAGUUGAAACCGAUUUUAUUACUCCACCCAUUUUCCCCUUCUGCUCGUCCGUCUCAUUCGACUUUGGUCCAUGCAUCGACUUUCCUUUCUUCUCUUCCGUACCCUGCUACCACUGGUGCUGGUGCUUUGGUUGCACAAAAAGAACGGAGUGCACGGA